UUCAGGGGAACAAGCAUGGACCUGGUCUCUAAAACUCUGAUUCUGUGCUUGGCGUUGGCCCUCACCAGGGCAGGACCGCUGCUGGAUUCAGCAGCAGGCAAAGGUAAACCCCCGAAGUGCAGUGAUGUCAAACUUGGGGCCAUAACUACAGACAAUGCAGGCACCACGUACGUCUUUGCAGAUAUAAUGGAGCGCCACUGCGAGCACCACAGAAAACGUGUAGAGGCCAGAGGCAGGUUAAUUGGAGCCUUUUUACCAGCUUGUGACGACAACGGACAGUAUCUGCCAGACCAGCGCCAUGGCUCCACCGGAUAUCACUGGUGUGCAGACAGUAAGGGACGGAAAAUACCAGGAACUGCCACGCCACCUGGUGUACCAGAUGUAGACUGCAGCAAACCAAGUCGUGUCUACAUGCGUCUGGAUACCAUCCGUGAUGGCCUCCACUCCUUACCUAUAACCAGGGCAUGGCAAGAAGUACGCGACAGGGUGGAAGCUGCUUUCUCCUACACUGAUAAGAUGUACUUGAUUAAGGAUGGUGAGAUUUACGUCUAUCUGGUAGGUUCCAACGUCACCCGCAUUGGCGACCGUCCUCGAUACUUGAUACAUGAGAUGGGCUUAGAUGGACCUGUGGACGCAGCUUUUGUGUGUCCAGAUGAACACGUCGCUCAUAUAAUCCAAGGAAACAGAAUGAAAGAUGUGGACCUCUCUGCCACGCCCUGGACCGUUAUCCGAGAUGUGCCCUUGCCCUUGUCAGAUAUCGAUGCUGGUCUGUGUGGUCCAGACGGUAUUAAACUAUUUAAGGGCUCAGAAUAUUACCACUAUGAAAGCCCUAUGAUACUGGCUAUGGGCAGGAUUGUUUCUAAGCCAAAGAAGAUCACCUCAGCAAUCCUGGGUUGUGAGGAUUAAGCAUUGAAAUAAAGAUUUCACGGCACAUUACAAUCAGUGCAUUCUAUAUGACAAUGAUAAUGGGGU